AACAUCGUACAAACAUUCUUAGAGAGACACGGAGAGAGAACGAGAGCGAGAGAGAGAGGAUGGGUCAUCACUCAUGCUGCAACAAGCAAAAGGUGAAGAGAGGGCUUUGGUCACCGGAAGAAGACGAAAAGCUCAUCAACUACAUCAAUUCAUACGGCCAUGGAUGUUGGAGCUCAGUUCCCAAACAUGCAGGCAUAUAUAUACACACAUAUCAUGGGUCUUGUCUGCAGAGAUGUGGGAAGAGUUGUAGAUUAAGAUGGAUAAAUUAUCUACGACCUGAUCUUAAACGUGGAAGCUUCUCUCCUCAAGAAGCUGCUCUUAUCAUUGAGCUACAUAGCAUUCUUGGUAACAGAUGGGCUCAAAUUGCUAAACACCUACCUGGAAGAACAGAUAACGAGGUCAAGAAUUUUUGGAAUUCAAGCAUAAAAAAGAAGCUCAUGUCUCACCACCAUCAUGGUCAUCAUCUUCAUCACCAUCAUCAUCAUCUCUCUUCCAUGGCGAGUUUGCUCACCAAUCUUCCUUAUCACAAUGGAUUCAACCCUUCUACUGUCGACGAUGAAAGUUCAAGAUUCAUGUCCAAUAUCAUCACAAAUACUAACCCUAAUUUCAUCACUCCAAGCCACCUCUCUCUUCCUCCUCCUCAUGUUAUGACCCCAUUGACGAUGUUCCCAACCUCUAGAGAAGGAGAUUUCAAGUUUAUAACCACAUACAACACAAACCAGUCUCAUCAAGACAAUAACCUUUACAACAAUUUCGACAUAUUGUCAGCCACACCAGUCAUAAACAAUCAUCAUCAACCUUUACUCUCUUCUUCUUCUCAUGAUAAUAAUGAUCCCCAAUGGCCAGCGUUACCAGAUUUCCCAGCGAGUACCAUUUCCGCUUUUCAAGAAACGUCCCUUCAAGAUUAUGAUGAUGCUAAUAAACUCAACGUGUUUGUGACACCGUACAACGAUAAUAAUGCCAAGAAGCUAUUAUGUGGAGAGGUUCUCGAAGGCAAAGUACUAUCCUCCUCCUCGCCAAUUUCACAAGAUCACGGCCUUCUUCUUCCCACCUCGUACAACUUGCAAAUGUCAACCACGGUCNGACGAUGUUCCCAACCUCUAGAGAAGGAGAUUUCAAGUUUAUAA